AUGGGCGGCAAGUAUAAUGCCACACAACAACAACUUGAUGGUGAUGACGUUACAAAACGUAUAUACUUACAUGCGGAAAUGAACAUAUUGGCCUCAAUUAUCGACAAUAAAAUUAAAAGUAGGGUGUUUAUAGCAGUGUCAAAGAGAUGUUGUUACUUGUGCGAACAUUUUAUUAAAUUUGCAAUAAAACAAGGAUAUAAUAUCGUCGUCACCGGGGAACAUGGAAAAAUAUAUGGUAGUUGGGUACUUCCGCAUGUAAAGGAUAACGACUUCAAGGCCAGAUUCUUGACAUAUAUACUAAAAAAUCUUGAUAAAAUCAUAGAGAAAAACCUAGACCACUAUACCGAUAAUUUGCCAGCGGAUUCUGACAGCGAUGAAGAUAGUCCAGAUCCAGAUGAUGAUGGUAAUGAAUUUAUGGAUAAAUAUGAACAAAGUCAUAUGGAUCUUGAGAAGUAUACCCUACUAUAA